CUUAUUCUUUUGCAUAUCGUCAAAAUUCACGUGAAGACAACAAGGGAGAAAAUAUAAUACUUUUUUGGGGGGAGCUUUGUUCUUUUCCGUGUUCUGUACUUCGGUUUUUUCAAUUGCUUAUGGUUCGUUCCUAUACUUUUUAAGAAUAAUUAACUGAUAAUUAAGGGCCUUGCAAGGUAGGAUUUUGACAUUCAGAUUCAAUUCUUGUAGCUCAACCCUUUCGGAAUAUAAGAGAGAAUUUCAUGUCUUAGGAAAAAUUUAUUAUUAUCGUUGUUGCCUUCCCAAUCUUCUUCUUCCUCUUCCAUCUGGCUCGUAUUCUGUGAUUUCUUGUAAAUGAACGAGAACAUAUUUGAUUGGCAAGGGAAGAUUCAACAGAGGCGUGGACUAAAUGGGGAUUUAAAUUCUGAGUUUGGCCAUCGUUCUCGUCAAUAUUUCAAUGUCAAACAGGCUUGGAAUAUUGGUGGGGGAGGAGGUGAAGAGUCACCAUACAUGGGCUCUGCAAAAUCAUCUACCACCAUUAUGGGCGGUUUUGAAUCCCCCUCUUCUGCUUUUUAUGCAACAGAACGAUGCAUGGGGUUUCCGCAGUAUCAUUCCCAAGUUAACAUGUACAAUCCCUCUUCGAGCUCUCCAUUUUCUAGGAUUCACGAUUUGGAACUCCCUUUGUAUCAAUCUCCCAGGGAAAACACUAUGUUGGAUCAUUCGCCACACCAAGCUAAUCUCAACGUCGAAUUAGCAAACACCUUGCAGGCAGUGGUGAGACCCCAAUUCGACCCUGAAAAUCCCAACAAAACUCCAUGUGGAAAUUUGCCAACAGGCAAGUUUCUUCCAGUUCAACAGCACAAGUUGUUCAUUGAUGAUGAUUCUUCCUCAGUCGGGAUAAACCAUGCACAGGUUGGUUGUGGUUCAUAUAAUUUACCAGUUUCUCAUGUAGGCUUCUCUUCACCACAAGAGAAGCUGUCUCCAACAGUUUUAGCAGCCAGUGUUACCUCUACUGGAAAUCCUACUUCUAGUGGUGGGGCAGUAAUCUCAAGUAAAUCACGUAUAAGAUGGACUCAGGAUCUUCAUGAGAAGUUCGUUGAAUGCGUGAAUCGCCUUGGGGGUGCUGAGAAGGCUACACCAAAAGCUAUAUUGAAGCUGAUGGACACGGAUGGGCUGACCGUCUUCCAUGUAAAGAGUCAUUUGCAGAAAUAUAGAAUUGCAAAAUACAUGCCAGACCCAGCUCAAGGGAAGCCUGACAAAAAAGCCCAUAUAGAUGAUGUGCAUCAUGUUGAUGUCAAAACUGGCUUGCAAAUCAGGGAGGCACUUCAGCUACAGCUAGAUGUUCAGAGGCGUCUCCAUGAACAGCUAGAGAUUCAGAGAAGAUUACAGCUUCGAAUUGAAGAGCAGGGAAAGCAGCUGAAGAUGAUGUUUGAUCAGCAGCAGAAAACAUGUAAUAGCUUCUCCAAUUUGGGCAGUACAGGAAAUGAUGAUUCAUCAGUUAGUCAUAAAGAGGUUGGGGUUUCAAUUGCUGAAGGGUCUGGAAAUUCCUCCUUCCCUCCCAAGAUAAGUUAGCUCUCCAGACCCAUGUUGGUAGGUCUUCACUGAAUAAGGUUACUUUUAGUGAGCAGCAUGUAAACCACACCGCGCAAAUUCUCCAUGGCACAAAAAUACUGUUAUUAAUCCUCCAUGAGAAAACUCUGAGUUUAGUACAUAAGAUUAUUGUGCUCUUUAGAAACCAGAAUUCUUGUAUCACACUUUCGUAUUGCUCAAGAAACAUGUCCAUGACACUAGCAAGUAGAGCGUUUUGUAGUUAGAUGGGGCUUUCAAGGGAUGGUUAACUGAGAUCCAAGCUGCAGUUUAUAUACAGGGCCAGAAUGAUAUAUUCUGCUUCCUAAAUAUUAGGAAAGCAAUGAGAUGCGUGAUUCUCUUAGCACAGCUACAAUGCAAUUCCCUUGAGGGAUUCCUGUUGGUUAAAUAAUCCCAAGUCUCUGAAAAGUUUUUCUCGGUGGAAAACGAAUAGUAUGUCAUUAAUCUCCUGUCUUCUGCCGUCGAGGGUAGUGGGUAAGGGAAUGGAUUCCCCCGCGACUGCACUCUGGCAAAGACUAGAUGUGAUUAUUUAAAUAAAACCUUUUAUUUUUG